UCACUGCCCGCGUAGUGGCUAGCUCGCUCGCUAGUUCCUGUUUCAAACGGUUAUAGAGGAUCGCUAGCUAGGAGCAUCGUCGACAUGAAAACACAAACAUAGCCAACAUUAGCUAGGCAUUGCUAGAUACUUAACCGAUUUGCAUUAUGGCGUUGAUCACGCAGUAAGCAGAUGGUCUGUCAGAUCAGUCAUGUGUCACAUGUUGAUGUGAUGCUAAUAUUAUGUUAGCGAGCGAGCUAGCUAGAUGGUUAGCUAUCGCUGGAAUGGAAAUCCCGCCAGACAACAGUUCCCUACGCCCGGACCGUUUGUGUGAACCCGCGGUGUGUCCACCCCAUGGGGUUAGGAGCUGAGGGCCUGCAGUAGGACAACGCGUCGCCAUGGAAGGGCAGCCUCAGAGGAUACAGCUGGUGUCCGCCGAUGGAGGGGUGGCCCUGGGACACCGCAUACAGAUUGUGACGGACCAGCAGACGGGGCAGAAGAUCCAGAUCGUCACGGCGUUCGACCAGGCCUCGGCCGGGCGGCAGCAGUUCAUCCUGGCCAACGCCGACGCGGCCACCGCUGGCAAGGUGAUCCUGGCCAAGCAGGAGCCGUCUCCGGGCAAAGUCAUCCUCGCCACGCCCGACGGCGCCGGCCUCAACCAGCUGCUCUUCACCUCCCCCGACCUGGCCGGACAGCAGAUCCAGUUUGUAACAGAAGCUGGCUCCGAUCAGUCCCCUGCCAAACCUGUGGUGGAGUAUUGCGUGGUGUGCGGAGACAAGGCUUCAGGGCGUCACUACGGGGCGGUGAGCUGCGAGGGGUGUAAGGGCUUCUUCAAGCGGAGCAUCCGGAAGAAUCUGGUGUACACCUGCAGGGGGUCGGGGGAGUGCGUCAUCAACAAGCACCACCGCAACCGCUGCCAGUACUGCCGACUGCAGCGCUGCAUGGCCUUCGGCAUGAAGCAGGACUCGGUGCAGUGCGAGAGGAAGCCAGUGGAGGUGUCCCGGGAAAAGCCGGUCAACUGUGCCGCCUCCACCGAGAAGAUCUACAUCCGCAAGAACCUGUGCAGCCCGCUGGCGGCCACGCCCACCUUUGUGACGGACAAGGAGACGGCCAGGUCCACCAGUCUGCUGGAGUCAGGCAUGUUGGUGAACAUCCAACAGCCCUUCCCGAAGCUGGAGAACACCAUCAUGGUCCCAGCGUCCCCGGAGAAGAGCGACCCCUGCCAGGACGACCUGAGCACGCUGGCCAACGUGGUGACAUCGCUCGCCCACCUGAGCAAGGCGCGGGAGAUGAGCAACAGCAACACCGACCUGUCGGGGAUGGAGACGCUGAGCAACGGGGACAGCUCCACGGCCGAGGUCCAGGCGGAGGAGCAGGCCGCCAGCGACAUCACGCGGGCUUUCGACACGCUGGCCAAGGCGCUGAACCCGGUGGAGAACUCGGCGGGGGAGGCCAUGGAGGCCAGCAUGCAGCUGGUGUCAGGUGACCAGACGGGCGGCGGCGUGGUGGAGCUGGAGGGGCCGCUGCUCUCCGACAGCCACGUGCCGUUCAAGCUGAUGAUGCCGCUGCCCAUGCCCGACUACCUGAACGUGAACUACAUCUGCGAGUCGGCCUCCAGGCUGCUGUUCCUCUCCAUGCACUGGGCACGCUCCAUUCCAGCCUUCCAGGCUCUGGGCCAAGACAACGACAUCAACCUGAUGAAGGCGUGCUGGAACGAGCUGUUUGCCCUGGGCCUUGCGCAGUGUGCACAGGUGAUGAACGUGGCCACCAUCCUGGCCGCCAUCAUCAACCACCUGCAGAACAGCCUGCAGGAAGAGAAGCUCUCCGCUGAGAGAGUGAAGCAGGUGAUGGAGCACAUCUGGAGGAUGCAGGAGUUCUGCAACAGCAUGUCCAAGCUGUCCCCCGACGCAUACGAGUACGCCUACCUCAAAGCCAUCGUCCUCUUCAGCCCUGAUCACCUGGGCGUAGACAACACCCUGCAGAUCGAGAGGUUCCAGGAGAAGGCCUACAUGGAGCUGCAGGACUACGUCACCAGGAUGUACCCAGAGGACACCUACCGGUUAUCAAAGCUUUUGCUGCGUCUCCCAGCCCUCAGGCUCAUGAGCGCAGCUGUCACAGAGGAGCUGUUCUUUGCUGGCCUCAUCGGGAACGUGCAGAUCGACAGCAUCAUCCCCUACAUCCUCAAGAUGGAGUCCACCGACUACAGCCAGGUGGUCGCCACCGUCAUAUAACAGUGGAAUCAGCUGACGCCAACGGCAAGGCUGCCACCCCUGGUAUCUCCUGAUUGGAAUCUACAGACUCCAAUAGCCAGAUUGUCAACUCUGUUGCAUGGAACAGCAGGCUCCCAACACUCAGGCUAGCACCUCAUUUGCCUGUUCUCCGGAAGCUGCAGACCCCUAUAACAGGUUGUCAUCUGAACGCAUUGCUGUUCCCCUGCGGCCAGACUAUCACCUCAGUCACCAAAACAAUGGAAUCUGGUGACUCCAAUGGUCAGAUAGCUCUUACACUGAAUGGAAACUCCAGUCUCCAACAGUCAGAUUGUGAUGUCUCCCUUUGUAAUGGUGACAGAAAUUUAAGGAAGGUUUUAGGCAUACGUGGAAGCUUCAAAAUGGACCCGCCACCAUCGUCCGAAUUGAGCUAAUUUCAAGCAAGCCUUGUUUGUUUUUAAUAUUUUUUUCUUUUAUUUCCCAAUUCCCAAAGACCUGAUUACUUUUGUGCUCAUACAGUCCUAUACGUACAGCAAAUGACUCAUGAAAUGGGAGCGGUAUACUCUCUCACUCUGAACAGUGUCUUUUCGUAUUCUUUUUUUUUUUUUAAAUGUGGAGGUUUGGGAGGGCUUGUGUCUUGACACACUCUGAAACGGUUCGUGCAUACAAACAAUAAAGGUUGAGCUCACGGCCUAAUGUCCAGCAACCUUAUCUGCUCCUCCUGGGUCAUAGUGCCCACACGGUCAAAACACCCAAUCUCUCUGCUUGGGCUCUGUAUUGUGUAUAUAUAAAUAUGUAUAUAAAAUGAACUAAAAAAAGGACUAUCAUGGACCACAGCUACUUGUACAUGCUUCCAUGAACU